CUCAAAAUGUUAAGCAAACAAGCAAAAGUAAAAUCCAAAAGUUGCCGAAAACAGAGCAAAGUCCAAUCCCAGUCCCAGCGAAAGUCGGCCAUCGACUGUCCACCCAUGGAGAAGCCAAAGAAGAAGGAGGCGCCACCACCACAGGCAGAGGCAGAGGCGGAGGCGGAGUGCAACAGGCCCAAGUUCUAUCGCUCGCCAGAGCAGAAGCGAGUCUACUUGGAGCAGCAGGCGGUGCCCAUUCUGAUGGAGGGAAUGCUGGCUGUGGCCCGCGAACAGCCCCGCGAUCCCAUCGGCUACCUGGAGAAGUUCUGGCUGCAGGACAGCCACAAGUGCGACAUUCAGCUGCCCCAAAACAUUCUCUGAAUCGAUUUUCCCAUCAAAUCAAAUUUCAAAUU